AUGUCGGCGUCCGAAGCGGCGGCGGAGUCGUCGUCGCGUGCCCGCCAGGACGCGGACGCGGAGCCGGAGCCGCCGCAGCGACGCUGGGUGGCCCUCGUCUCCACCGCGGUCAUCCUCCUCGACGGGGACGAGCGUGCUCGAGCGAUGCCCCUCGGCACGAACGUCGAGCUCGACCUCCACGACCCUCCACAGCCCUCCUACCUGGUGCUGCACCCCCGCAUCGUCGCCCUCGACCCCUGCUACUUCGCCCAUCAGCCGUCCGCCUACAUCCUCGCCGCCGACCGCUCGGGCCGCCUCCUCUUCCGCGUGAACAACCCCGGCAGCAACGACCCCGCCGAGGACGAAGUCAUGUACCUCUGCGACACCCACGCCCGCCGGGCCACCACCCUGCUCCCGGCCCCCUACCCCUUUCUCCGCAUCGAGCCGCGGCCACGCCGCAGCGUCGGCCUCAUCGCCGACCCCGACCCGCGCCGCCGCGGCCACUACCUGGUCGCGCAGCUCUACCCGCGCGAGUCGGUCCUCCACGGCGACAAGCUGCUCUGCUACUCCACCGCGACGUUGCAGUGGUUCCUCAAGCCGCUGCUCACCUCCUCCUCGGUGCGCAUGCGCAACCCCUGCGCCGAGACCGGCGUGCUCGCCCACGCCGGCCGCCUCUACUGGCUCGCCCUCGCCUACGGCGUCUUCGUCUGCGACCCCUUCGCCGCCACCUCGCACCUGCGCUUCGUCCCGCUGCCCCGCGACUGCGAGAUUCUGGAGGAGCUCUCCCACCGCGUCUACGUCGCGCAGCACCGCCGCGUCGCGCCCAGCGAGGGCCUGCUCCGCUACGUCGAGGUGCGGGGCCUCUCCUACGAGGUGCACGUGCCUCCCGACGUGGUGAACCCCAGCGUCUGGAUGUGGACGCUCGUCGACUCGGAGGCGGCGGAGCCCUGGAGGUUCGAGUACGAGGCGCCCUUCGCCGAGGUCUGGGCGCACGAGUCCUACGCCGCCGCCGGGCUGCGGCACGGGGAGGUGCCCCACGUCGCCCUCGUCGACCCCGACGACCACGGCGUCGUCUACUUCCUCCAGGGCUCCAAGCUCUUCGGCCUGGACGUGCGCGCCAGGCGGGUCGUCUCCUGCGAGGACUGCUCGGUGCGCGACGACCGCGAGAUCAUGCUCCGAAACUCCCGCCCCAUCCUCGACGCCUGGGAGCUGUCGCCACCCUCGCCUCCCCGGAGUCCCCGCACCGAGCCUUCUUCACCAUCUCCUCCAGAAGAGCUUGACGCCGUCGGGAAGAUGGAGAGGGAGAGGUGUUAUAUUGUGUCCCUGUAUUUGUUAUUGACCAGUGAACAACAUUAUCAUGGUGCCUUGGCGGUAAAUCUGGUCUCCUUUACGCCAAACACAGAGGUUACAGGUGCACCAACGAAUUGGGGUGCUCCUCCACUGUCCAUGCACGCCAUGCUAAGAAAAGACUCGCACUGUGUUCGUGCCCUCCUUUUGAAAUUACACAACUGCGGUUUUCAAUGA